AUGCUGUUCGGCGCCGGCCACGCGCCCGGCUGGGCGGCCGCGGACCGCAACGGGAGCGCGCUCGCGGGGGCGCGCGCGGGCGCGGCCCCGUCGUCGGCGCCGGGGGCGGCGGUGACGUCAGCGGCGGCCGCGGGGGCGGGCGGCGACGGUCGGAACGGCAGCGCCGCCUACGGGCGGGACGAGGAACUGGCGAAGCUGGAGGUGGCCGUACUGGCCGUCACCUUCGCCGCGGCUGUGCUGGGCAACGGGUGCGUGCUGCUGGCCCUGCGCCGCACGCCCCGCAAGACGUCCCGCAUGCACCUGUUCAUCCGCCACCUGAGCCUGGCCGACCUGGCCGUGGCCUUCUUCCAGGUGCUGCCCCAGCUCUGCUGGGACGUGACCUACCGCUUCCGCGGGCCCGACGGCCUGUGCCGCGUGGUGAAGCACCUGCAGGUGUUCGGCAUGUUCGCCUCGGCCUACAUGCUGGUCGCCAUGACGGCCGACCGCUACAUCGCCGUCUGCCACCCGCUGAAGACCCUGCAGCGGCCCGCCCGCCGCUCGCGGGCCAUGAUCGCGGCCGCCUGGGCGCUCAGCCUGCUGCUCAGCGCCCCGCAGUACUUCGUCUUCUCCCUCAGCGAGGUGCGGCCGGGCUCCAGGGUCUUCGACUGCUGGGCCCACUUCGUGCAGCCCUGGGGGCCCCGGGCCUACGUCACCUGGAUGACGGCGGGCAUCUUUCUGGCCCCCGUCCUCGUGCUGGCCACCUGCUACGGCUUCAUCUGCUACCGCAUCUGGUGCAACAUCCGGGGCAAGACGGGCCAAGGGCCGGGGCGAGGCCUCGGGCCUAGUCCCGGCCGAGGCCUCGCGCCUAGGCCCGGGCGAGGCGCCGGUCCCGGAGCCGGUCCCCCGGGCCACCUCCUCCUCGCCCCCUGCGUCAGCAGCAUCAAGAACAUCUCCAGGGCCAAGAUCCGCACCGUCAAGAUGACCCUGGUCAUCGUCACCGCCUACGUCGUCUGCUGGACCCCCUUCUUCGUCGUCCAGAUGUGGUCCGUCUGGGACGCCCAGUUCCCCUGGCUCGACUCCGAAAACGCCGUGGUUACCAUCACCGCCUUAUUAGCCAGCCUGAACAGUUGCUGCAAUCCAUGGAUCUACAUGUUCUUUAGUGGCCAUCUUCUGCAAGACUGCAUCCAAAGCUUUCCCUGCUGUCGGAAGUUCCGGCAGAAGUUGACUAAAGAAGAUUCCGAUAGCCUGAGCAGAAGACAGACUUCUUUCACUAACAACCGGAGCCCCACAAACAGUUCAGGCGCCUGGAGGGAUUCCCCUAGAUCUUCCAAAUCUACUAAAUUAAUUCCCAUUUCAACUUGACUUCUUGGUUUGCACCAUCAGACAGGACUGAGCAUGUUUGUAAUGGGCAAUUUAGCACUUUCACUGGACAAAGCCAGAGAUCCUAGCUGGACAGUACAGUAAAUGUACAGUAUUUUUAGAGCAUCGUGUUUGUCCUCUUGUGAAUAGAAGCCAAAAGUUAUUUUCCGGUAUAGAAAGCUUACGGCGUCGAGAUGUGGGGAACUAAGUCGCUGCAUGCUAUUGGAGUUAUCUUUCUAAGAGAAAACGCUCGGCUUUAUUCUUUAUUCCCGAUCUAGCAAGUGUUUGGCUGGCUUAACAAUAACGUGAUCAAAGGCUUUGGUUAUGAACCAUUGAGAUGGUUCAUUUUAAAGUGGUCAAGAAAAUUAGAUUGGGUCAAAAGAAGUCAGGCUACCGUUAAUUUUGAAUCAACAUUUAAUUAGCCCCAGUAUUCUACAUCCUGAAAUUCCUGCUGCUUUUUGCUAUCAUGGUUAUAUUGACAAUCACAAGGAAGCCUAAGGACCACAGUGAACUAGUUAAAAAUA